GGCGCCCAAAGCAAGCUCCAUCCCUGGAAAAGCCUGCCUGCUCCCACAGCAGCACUUCCCCUACCCCAGCGCCCGUGGGACCCUGAGCCCCUUUCUGGAGUGAGUGGUGGCGCGUCCAGCUCGGACCUGCAAAGUCCCUGCAGAGAACACGUGGGCGGGAGGAGAGCCGAGUGCCAGGGGCUGGACGCCGCAGAGCCCAGAGAAGCGCAGGGGAGAGGGGGGCGGUGCAGAGCCUCAGGCCAGAGGCCAGGUGGGAAUGAGUUCUGCGCGCGGGUCAAAGGGCAGCCGAGGGGCCCUCAGCUGCAGAGGGGGCGCCCACCCCGCCCCGCCCGCGCUGCCCGCGCCACCCUCCCCGCGCUGGGUCCCUCCCCGCCAGCGAACGGGAGAGGAGGGGCGGCGGGACUGCUGCUGGGGCGCCCACACGCCCAUCCCCUCCAGUCCGCAGGCUCAGCGCCCCUACAGAGCCCCAGCCCCGGAUCUCCAGGCCGGUAAGACCUAUCCCUAGAGCCUACCUCCUGUCCCCACCCACCCGAAACCCCAGAGGAAGCGAGGAAGCAAUCGGAGAGAAGUGAGUACGGAGCGAGUUGGAAAGCUUGAGACAGAUGGCGUCGGAGAGGCAGGAAACAAACAGGUGGCCUCUCUGACCAAGCUCUCUCCAGUGUUGAAUCAGUAUUCCCUGGGGAGUCAGACAAACAAGGGGGAGGUGAACAGAAUCCCAAGCCUCAAGAAACACCACUGGGAGACCAGACCUGAGCACCGAAGUGGCCAGGAGGAUUUGGGGAGCAGAAGAAGGCUCCCUGGCUCUGCCACAGCUGGACGUCUGUGAACUCGGCCCUGACAUGUGGGCCGGUCAGGGCCGGCGGCAGGAAGGAGCUCGAUGAGUAUCGGAUGUCCCCAGGCCGAUGCCGACCCCAAGGAAGAGCCCGGGUCUAGGUCCGGGCCCGCGGGCUCCCCAGGGCCGCUCGCCCCGCCUGCCAUCGCCCGCGCUGUUCUGCGCCUGCGGCCUGUGCGCGCUGCUGGCGGGCGUGAACGUGACGCUGGUGGGCGCCUUCGCCUCCUUCCUGCCGGGGCGCAACGCACCGCUCAUCGUGGGCCCCGCGCUGCUGGCGCUGGCACUCGGCUUCUUCGCCGCCUGCUGUGCCUGUAGCCGCCGGGGGCCCGCGCCCCGCGCCCGCUUGGCAGCCUCGGCGGGCCUGGGUCCCGGCGGCCGCGCCGGACCGGUGGCGCUGGAGAUGGAUAGCAGCGAACGCACGGCGCAGGACACCACUGCCGUGCAGCUCAGCCCCGCCGCCUCGGCCGCGUCAUCCGGCCGCUCCAGCCCGGGCCCCGGCCCCGGCCCCGGCCCCGGCCCCGGCCCCGGCCCCGGCCUCUUCGCGCUCAAUGCCCCCGCGCCCUCCGCCGCCUAUGCGCAGCGCCCUGAAGCCGUCCAGCUCAACCUGCCCCGGGAGCGCGUCUCCCCCUAGCGGAGCGCGCCCCCAGCCCUGGCUUUCCUCUCCAUUCAGUGCCAUCUAAGACCAACACCAGGAAUAUUUUCUUUUUUUAUUUUUAUUUUAUUUGUUUAAUAUUGGAUAGAGACAGAGAGAUAUUGAGAGGGAAGGAGAAAAUAGGGGAAGAAACAGAGGGACACCUGCAGCCCUGCUUCACCACUCCUGAAGCUUUCCCCAUACGGGUGGGGACCAGGGGCUUGAACCCAGGUCCUUGCACACUGGAGUGUGUUCCCUUAACCAAGCACAACCACCUGGGCCCCAAUAUUUUCUUUUUUUGUUUUAACAUUUUUAUUUAUUACUGGAUAGAGACAGUAGAGGAAGAUAGAGGAGAGAGGGAGACACCUGUAGGCCUGCUUCACCACUCAUGAAGCUUUCUCCACGCAGGUGGGGACCAGGGGCUUAAACCCAGGUUCUUGUGCACUGUAAUGUGUGUGCUUAGCCAGGUGCUCCACCGCUUGACCCCUAGGAAUAUUUUCAUAAGGACCCGAUGCUGGGCACAAGUGGCCUUAUCUGCCCCAGCUCUGUGAUUUCUACAGGGAGAACUGCAGUGAAGAUGGCGAGGCACACAUACCACAUAUCCCUCCCCAAGGAGCUGGUCCCUGGCCCUUUAGAUGGUGUGGGCUGAGUCCUGCUUAAACAUCACUCUUCAGACUUGAUGAAAACAAGUCCCUAAACCUUAAAACCCUAACACUGGGGAACCCUUCCUGCCUUAACACCAAACCCACCCAUGGCACUGGGAACCCAGAAGUAGCCACUGAGAGCAAGGCCCAUGCUGUCGGGGUGAGAGGAAGAGAAGGCACGGGCUGUCUACUGCCCCUGUACAGUGUAAAAAGUCACCAGCUCACCUGCUCCCUCUCUUUUGUGUCUCCCACCCCCCCUUAUGUCUACCAUAUUUUGAUCCUCCUUGCUGGGAGUGGGGGUGCAUUAUAGCUGGUAUAGUCCAGAAGGCACAGCUGGCUUAAGCACACCUCAUCAUUCUCUGUCUGAGCAAAGCAGGGAGGGUAGUUGAAAUUGGGCCCCAGAAAGGGGGGGAGCAGUGUGGGCUCCACCCACCUUUAAGGUCUUGGUGCCAUUUUCAUUGUGCAUUCCUGCUGUGCCUCCAC